CAGGCUGCUGCCCCGAUGCGCUGCGCCCGGAGCUGGGGCCGAGUCGCCGCCGCCGCAGCUGUUGGGGCGCCCGGGCGGGUGACGCCGCCGCCGCCCGUGCACCUCUCAGACCUCACUGACCGCAUGGAGUCCCCGGAAGGCGCCGGUCCGGGAGAGAUCGUUAAGGAGGUUGAGGUGCUGCAGACUGCUCUAGGUGUCCCAACCCAUGGAACAGGGGACAGUUGCCACACACCUGUGGCUGAAGAGGAAGCAGGAAUCCCAAUACCAGCACCAGGGCUCCUGCAGGUCACAGAGAGGAGGCAACCUCUCAGCAGUGUCUCCUCUCUGGAGGUUCACUUUGACCUCCUGGAUCUCACUGAGCUGACCGACAUGUCUGACCAGGAGCUGGCCGAGGUGUUUGCAGACUCUGAUGAUGAGAAUCUUACCAGUGAAUCCCCGGCAGGUCUGCACCCAUUGCCCCGGGCCAACUGCCUGCGCUCCCCCUCCUGGACAAGGACAAGGGCUGAGCAAAAUCCUGACAAGCAGCCCAUUGGUGACCCAGAGCAGCAGGCUGCAAUCGUGAACACGUUCCUCACUGUGGAGGGGCCCAAGGAGGACUAAGCUGUCUCCACCCAUGGAGCUUCCACAGGAACUGGGCCAGACAACCACUGCAAUGGCAAAUCCAGACAGUCCUGUCCCCAGGGAUGCAUUCCAUCCACCCCACAAGGCUCCAGCCAUCACCUCUUGAUGCUCAGUCAUGGUUGGGGUGCUGCACAUGCCUCUGGGCACCAGCACAAGCACAGCCCAGUGGCCUUAUGUCCAGCUGGUUCCUGGGCCCUGGAUCUGGGACAACACUAUGUGGAGUCAGUACUUGGGGAUGAAACAAAGAGUGAACAGUGACAAUUGGUGGUCUGGGCCUUGUGGAAACUCUUGUCUGUAGGAACUGUGCUCUUCCCUAUCACAGAUUCCCAAGUAGGCUCAGGGUGAGAGAGCCACUCCAAGAACCCUGAGAGUGUCUCCAGUCUCAUAUUUCCCCAGGCCACUGAGCUCAGAAGACAGAGGUGGGUUUGGUGUUGGCCCAUGGCAUGCUCUGCUGUCCAGCCAAGCAUUUAGGGUGGGGGUGGGUGAGGAGGAAAUCAGUCCCAAAACUUUUCAGCUUGAUUUCAGAAGGCAGGCACUGUUGGUUCAAGUCCCCUCCCCAGACCUCCAGACCUACUUCUGGCAUCUGUGUGUGAUGACUGAGGGCCUGGUCCACCUCCUUCGCAGCUCAGAACACCAAAUACCGCCAGAAUGCCUCAGAACCUUGAUGACACCUCCCAGCCUGCUAGGGGGUGGGGGGCGGGGUUCAUCCUCUACUCUGUCCCAGGUCUAUAACAAGGGCAUGUACUUGUGUCUGUCCUCCACAUCCCAACUACCCAGCUGCACCACCUGCCCACAGCCUGUCAAAUGCACUCAGUGACCCUGUGAGUCUGUAUCCUGGGAGCAGCCUAGACAGGGGAGAUGAGGCACUACCCAGUCUGUGGUAGUAUUUGGAGCAUCUCAACUCAGCCUCUCCAACAGGCUGCUAGUCUGGUCAGGAAUCAAAAACUAGUUUUGAAAUAAUAUUUUAAUUUGUGUGUGUGUGGUGUGUGUGUGUGUGUGUGUCCCC